UCAGACAAAUUCUAAUUAACAAUUUUAUUUCAUGUUGUUGAAUUUAUAGCUGGCAAGGAGUGAAACGUAAGCAAUAGGUGAAAUUAUUUACUAAUUGACCAAUAGUUUGGUCGAACAUGGUUGAAAAAAUAGCAACUAAACUAGCAAACAUGGUGCACGAGGCUCAAGAGAUUGUCAACCACCACUACAACCCUGGCGACCUGUCACGCGGCGAGGUGUGCGAGGGCUGUCAGCGCCACAUCCAGGACCGCUUCAUCAUGCGUGUGUUGGAGCGGUCAUGGCACGAGGAGUGCCUUGUGUGUUGCGUGUGUCGUAUGCAGCUCAACAGCUCCUGCUUCGCCAGGGACGACAAGAUCUACUGCAAACUCGACUACGACAGAUUGUUCUCAGUGAAGUGCGCAGGCUGCGGAGAUCGUCUGCUACCGCACGAACUCGUGAUGCGCGCUCAGCAGCUUGUUUUCCACCUCCACUGCUUCGCCUGCGUCGUCUGCUGUCGGGCGUUGCAGAAGGGCGACCAGUACGUGCUGCGUGGCCACCAGCUCUUCUGCCGCGCCGACUACGAGAAGGAACUUUUCCUGCUGCAGCAGACGCCUCAGAGCGAGUGGCUGUGUCCCCUAGGGGACGACUUCAUCGUGGAGGAAGGGUCGCGUCCCAGGGACGGCCGGAGAGGACCCAAGCGUCCCCGCACCAUCCUGACCUCGUCCCAGCGCAAGCAGUUCAUGAACUCCUUCAACAUCUCGCCCAAGCCCUGCAGGAAGGUCCGAGAACAGCUUGGCAAGGAGACCGGCCUGAGCGUGCGCGUGGUGCAGGUUUGGUUCCAGAACCAGCGCGCCAAGAUGAAGAAACUCCAGCGCAGGGCUAAACACAACAACGAACAGAAUAACAACAACACAGACGAAAAGGAGGAGAAAGAUGACAAGGAAGGAGUGCCGAAAAAAGAAGCCGCUGAUGGCACAUUCGGGGGCCUCACCCCCCUGGACGCGGCCGACUCCCCCUACGCCACGACCCCCAAGAGCAACAGCGGGGGGGUAGUCGCUCCCUAUUCCCCGGAGGCGGAAAGUUUUCCGGCGCACUCCGGCGAGUCUUUUUGCGGGUCGGACCUGAGCCUCGACGACUCGAGAAUGGACGGCUUCGAUGACGACAGAGAUUCUUCCGCGACAUCGACGACAUCGCAGCAGCAGCAGACGGCGAGCACAGCCCUCAGCAGCACCAGCAUGAGCAACAAUAAUGGGGAAGUGACAAGCCUGGUGGGAUUAUCCUCGAGUAUUUACCCCCAAAUUAACCCCAUUGACAAGCUCUACCUCAUGCACAACUCAUACUUCGAGCACUGACGCUCAGCUAACCACGCAGCGAACAGCGUGGCUUCUAAUCCCCACGAAGAACCUUCUUCUCUUCCCCUUCCCCCACCCCCAGCUCCACCCCAUCACCCCCAGGUAGUACAACCCUCGUCUAUCCCCAUGCCCUUGGGAGUGGGGGUGCCACUGUGGCACACUCCCCAAAAGCCCCAGAGAUUCGGGAGUGCCAUCGCGGGGCUGUGGGCGCACGAGCUCGGCGAUGCGACGUGACGAGGCUCAUGAAACGCCAUUGAAAAUCUCACAUAAAUUAUAAAUACAAAAUGAAUCAAGGCUAUGAGGCAAAAUUGAUUGGAUAAUUAUAAUUAUAUCAAAACUCGACUUUGAAAGUUCACCAAUGAUUUGAAGGCAAAGAUAACGCUAAGUAAAUUUAUCAUAUCUUCAUUGAAAAUUUUUCAGAGAACCGCUCCAUCAUCUGUACAAAACAUUUUAUAGAAUACAAAAAACAAUCAUCAGUGAAGUUUUGGUUCUAUUUUGUGGUCGCAAUUUCAGUGAAUUAAUAGAUGCAACUUGAUUAUCUUAAAAUUGAAGCCCCAUAAAAAACUGUUUCUGGACUGUAAAUACUGUUGAAUAUAUCAAAAAUCAAAAUCGAAAAGUAAACGUGUUGAGCAAUGUAAUAACAUGCGAGUAUUGCUGAAACAUGUUUUACUUUGUACAUAUUUUAAUUCGUGUCAUAAUUACGUGUUAUUGAAAGACAACAAUAAAUACCUGGAUAGAUUUAAGGUUACUUGGAGGUAUGAAUUCUGAUUCUCGACCUUAAAGAUAAAAACAGAUUUUUAUACGAAAAAUUUUGCCUACUACUAUUAAUUACGUUUCAAAAAAAUAACAUUCACUU